AUGCAGCCAUAUCAGCUCAAGAAGGAUAUUAAAGAAUUGGGUUUCUUCACUGAGUAUGGGGAUGCCAAUAGAUACAAGCUUCUUGAAGUUAUAGGGAAGGGCAGCUAUGGAGUUGUUUGUGCGGCGAUUGACACACACACUGGAGAAAAAGUAGCAAUAAAGAAGAUCCACGAUGUUUUUGACCAUGCAUCUGAUGCCAUUAGAAUUCUUCGUGAAGUUAAAUUACUCAGGCUUUUAAGGCACCCUGAUAUCGUAGAAAUUAAGCGGAUAAUGAUGCCACCUUCAAAGAGAGAUUUCAAAGAUAUUUAUGUAGUCUUUGAGCUCAUGGAAUCUGAUCUCCAUCAAGUCAUUAAAGCUAAUGAUGAUUUGACCCGUGAACAUCAUCAGUUUUUUCUUUAUCAGCUCCUACGUGCAUUGAAAUAUAUGCACACAGCAAAUGUGUAUCACAGAGACCUCAAACCCAAGAACAUACUGGCAAAUGCAAAUUGCAAACUCAAAAUUUGUGAUUUUGGACUGGCAAGAGUUGCAUUCAACGAUGCUCCUACAACAAUAUUUUGGACAGAUUAUGUUGCUACUAGGUGGUACAGGGCCCCAGAACUCUGUGGAGCAUUCUCUUCUAAGUAUACACCGGCAAUUGAUAUAUGGGGUAUUGGUUGCAUCUUUGCUGAGGUCCUCACCGGAAAGCCAUUGUUUCCUGGUAAAAGUGUUGUACAUCAAUUGGAUUUGAUUACUGAUCUCCUUGGGACCCCAUCAGCAGAUACUAUUUCAGGAGUUCGAAAUGAGAAGGCAAGAAAAUACUUGAUGGAAAUGAGGAAAAAACGGCCUGUGCCUUUUGAGCAGAAAUUUCCAAAUGCAGAUUCUUUGGCGCUGCGCCUUUUGCGAAGGCUUCUAGCAUUUGAUCCCAAAGAUAGGCCAACUGCUGAAGAGGCACUAGCUGAUCCUUAUUUCAAGGGCUUGUCCAAAGUUGAGAGAGAACCUUCUUGUCAGUCAAUUUCAAAGUUGGAAUUUGAGUUUGAGAGGCGAAGGUUGACAAAGGAGGAUAUUAGAGAAUUAAUAUAUCGUGAAAUACUGGAAUAUCACCCUCAGAUGCUUAAAGAUUACAUAAAUGGAACUGAAGGCAAUUUUCUCUAUCCUAGUGCAAUAGGCCAAUUCAGAAAGCAAUUUGCUUAUCUGGAGGAAAAUGGUGGCUCAGUGACUCCUCCAGAAAGGAAGCAUGCCUCCCUUCCGAGGCCUGCUAUUUACUCGGCUACGGUCCCUCUUAAUACAAAGCCAAAUUUCAAUUUGUACGAGAACAAACAAAAUGCAGAAGAGGCAUAUAAGAGUUUAAGAGAAGCUGAAUCAAAUGCUGGAAGUCAAUGGAGGGGUUCCCGGCCUCCGCCAAGAGCGCCAGCAGCUAAGCCCGGGAGAGUGGUAGGCCCAGUUGUACCUUACGAAAACGGGAGAAUCGCAAAUACUUUUUAUGAUUCAAGGAUCUUUUAUCAAAAUGCUCUUCCCCAAGUGGCUGGUUCUCCUCACUGCUUUUUCAGACCUCAACCGACAAACUCACAGAAGACUGUAUCAGAGAUACACCAGGUUUUUUCACAAUGCAAGCAUCAAGUCCCAUUCCAGCAGUGUCACCACCUAGCCAGACCUGCAAUUGACCUCAACUCGAACCCAUACCAACAACAAACCACCAUUGACCGGUUUGAUAAUCCCAUGAUUACAGUUGAUACGAAGCUGCAGCAGGCACAAUCUCACUUUGGUGCAGUUGGCGCUGCAGAUGUGGCCAUCGCAGCUCAUAGACAUUCUGGUGCUGUUCAGUAUGGAUUGUCAUAGGUUAAGGAGUUUUGUGAAAGGUGCUAUGCUUUUCAUGUCAGGAGUUGGAUGGUAGGAGGUUGAUUAAAUCAUUAAACAGGUUUAGGUUUUUUUCUUCAUUUUCCUUUUUCCCCUUUU